UGCCGGGGAGACUCGGCUGCUGUGUUCUUAAAGCUAAAGCAGCCCAAGCUUUAUUAAUUAAUCGUCUCCGCGGCUCGGCUACUCCCUGUGCUUGGCCCCCACAGCACAGCCCGGCAGACUGAUGUGUCAUUGCUGGCUCUGCCAGUCAACAAAGUGAAACAAAAUGUUAAUAUCACAGCUGAGUUCCCAGUUACUGAAGGCUUCGAGAAUUGCAGGCCACCUUUUGCCCAGGUCCGUGUCUUCCUUCCUUUGCUGCCGCUCCACGUCCGCCCACUACAGCACCCAGCCCCCCAACACGAGCGGGGCCCAGCCCCAGCAGUGGCACACCCUGGACCCUGAGCUGGAGGAGAUCCUGAUUCCCAGGAAACUCUCCAUCAGCCCCUUGGAGAGCUGGCUGUCAGUGAGGUAUUCCCUUCCCGAAGCAGAGGGAGCUGAGGAGGAGGUGGGCCAUGAGCCCCCCCAGGGGUCCGAGUGCCCCCCGCCCGCCGGGGGAGCGGCUGUGGGGGAAGGAGGGGGAGCCCCCGGGGGGACAGUGCAGUGCAAGAACGUCCUCAAGAUCCGCAGGAGGAAGAUGAACCGCCACAAGUACAAGAAGCUGCUCAAGAGGAGGAAGUUCAUCCGCAGGAGGAUAAAGGAGGGGCGCAAGAAGAGGCGUCAGAUAAAAUUCGAGAAGGAUUUGGAGCGCAUCUGGAAAAGGGCUGGUUUGAAAGGCCCUCCUGCAGGCUGGCAAACACCCAAGAUAUUCCUGAGGAGUUCAAAGCGAUAAAACCCCACCUGUCAUGAGUUUUGACCUGUAAUUGUAAUUAAAAAAAAAAAUAUUGCAGUACCUGGAUGACAUUUACCCUUUCUCUGAACGUGAUGAAAUGAGCAGGAAGGAGUUUUCCAAGCACAGACCUGCUGGGAAUAUGCUUUUCCUCCCCAGAGGGGUGGUGUGAGCUCUUUGUGUGGUGGUUUGGUGCUGCUCUGUGCUCUUUGUCUGAGCAAAGGUGUCCUGGGGCUGCAGCUGAACUUCUGGAAUUCCUGUUUGAUUAAUUAGAGCAUAAGAACAAUCAGCUGUGGGAGAUGGGAUCAGUGGAAGGAUUCUUCUUGAUUGUAUAUAUGACACAAGCAUUUGGAGAAGGUCAAAACUGCAUUCUCCCAUAGCCUUAUUUCAGAAAGGCUGGUGUUUUCUAAGAAUUCUGGGGAGAUAGGGGUUGGAUCAGAAUUCCGUAGGAUGUGUCUGUAUCUGCAAAAGCUUUAUCUGAAGCCUUGGUGUGCAUGUGCCUUAGGCAUUGCAUGGACAACCUUAAAGGCACAUUGUGCUCUAUUUUGUGCUAAUAAAAAACUGUUUUGUUUUUUUUUUUCUUUGAUUGACCCUUGUCACACAGAACAUCCAGGUCUUGGUGUCAAUAAAAGCUCAGAGCUAAUUAUUCGUUAACUACAAAAAGUUUUGUGCCUGAGACAACCCUGGUAAUAAUCACCUGGUUUUGCAUGGUUGAAGAGAGUCACGAAAGCUGUGGAAAAAAUACAGGUAUCUAAAAUAAACCCUGACAGAGGACUUUA